AUGAAUGCAGGAGCCCGGCUCGAGGUCACUUCCAAUCAGGAUCGUGUCCAGGACCAGCCCAGCGUUUGCGGGACGGUGGGGGAGGGCUCCUGCAAGUGCAAAGAGUGCAAAUGCACCUCCUGCAAGAAGAGCUGCUGCUCCUGCUGCCCGGUGGGCUGUGCCAAGUGUGCCCAGGGCUGUGUGUGCAAAGGAGCAACUGAGAAGUGCAGCUGCUGUGCCUGAUGUGGGGGUGCCCUGCUCACACGUGUAAAUAGUGAUUUGUAUGUCUCAAGUUCGGUUUUUCACUCAACCCUUACCUGUUUCCCACUGCCUUUUUUGUAUGAAGUUAAUGCAUGGUAAUAAAUAUCAUUGACUUGA